GAGUCCGUGGGACUAAAAAAGACUUGCAAUCAAAGUGGUUUGAUCGUACAUAACCGCGUGCGUCAACCAACCAGAUAACAAACAGAGACUAUUUCCCCGAUCUCGAUUUCUGGUUCUUCUUCUUCCUACGGUUGAUGUUGCAGUUUCUGUAUCAUUGUACAUAACCUAAACUCGUUCUCUAAUCAUGGGUGUUGGUAUAUCAGUGUUAAUCGCACUAAAAGCAACAACCCUAUUACUAAUCUUCGCAUACCUAAAAAACCUAGGUUUCUUAAUUCUAUCCAUUCCAUUCCUCUAUUCAUCCUUAGUCUCAUUUCUCGUUUCAAUCGCAUCACACCCAUCCAUCGAUCUUCCCUUACUUCUCGGAAAAACCUCCGACGGAACCUUCCCACUUGUUUCACUCAUUAUCUUCAGCCCUUAUCUCUACUUCGUUCGAAUCUUCUCUGCGCUUCGAAGACGAAAAAGCGGUGAACCACCUUAUAGUAAGGUUCAUGAUGGACUUUAUGUUGGCGGUUGGCCUUCUUCGCCGGAAAAGAUGCCGCCUGGUGAUCCUGCUAUUAUUGAUUGUACUUGUGAGUUUCCGAGGUUGAAAAAUUUGAGUGGUGGUUUGCCUUAUAGAUGUGUUCCUACUUGGGAUACUAGGUCUCCUCAACCUGGUGAUAUUGAAUUGGCUGUUAAAUGGGCGCUUCGUAAAAGAGAUCUUAAUCGUCCCAUUUUUGUUCAUUGUGCUUAUGGUCAUGGAAGAAGUGUUGCUGUGAUGUGUGCACUGUUAGUUGCAGUAGGUGUCACAGAUGAUUGGAAAAAUGCUGAAAAGCUGAUAAAGCAAAAACGGCCCUACAUUCGCAUGAAUGCUCUCCAUCGCAAGGCACUUGAAGAAUGGUCAGCGCAUCGAUUGUCUACGCCGAAGCCAAAGAAGUGAUUCAUUGACUAAAUCUGAUUAUUUUUGUCAAUCCCAAUUUGAUGGUUUUCCAGACAAUACAAAAAACUUGUGUAAAAUAGAUUCUCCUUGUGCCUCUACUUUAUUAGCAUUCUUGUUUUCAAAUUAAUCUAGAACCUAUUAUCUGGUUACAGACUGCUCUAUAAAUAGCUUCUUCUGAUCGAACAUGUUUAGACUGAGAACUGAUGUGUUGAACAAUGGGAUGCUCAUAUUAGGAAAAGUUGGAACCACAGUUGAGACCAUUGCAUCGUGUAAUGCCCACGGAUAAUGAUUGCAAGUUAUAUUUAUGACAACUGUUAAACUGUCUGUCUCCAAGCUCAAGUUAGUUUUUCUUUGCAUAAGGUUUAGUUACUGCUUGUUUUGAGAUUGUUUAUGACACAAUGGAGAGAUGCCUGCAAAGUUAUAUGGCAGUAAAUUUUAUUGGUGUAACAUUGUUGCAUGAUAGUUUUAAUGUUCCAACGAUCUUAGUUGAAAAAAUAAAUUGGAGUUGUAUGUAAUUUUUGUGGUUGUUCUGAA